AUGUUCCACAAAGAGUUUUUUGUUCUUUUGUGUUUUCUGCAUGCAGAGACUGAAAGCAUCGCUAACUCUGAGUUUAACCUGCAAGGGGACUAUCUGCUUGGAGGACUUUUUGAUAUUCAUUAUGCAAGUGUUGCUCAUUAUCGAAACAUCCCAGAAGCCGUCAUCUGCUCCAGUAAUCCUUUUACACUGUCAAGUUACCGGAGGUUUCAGAUGAUGAGAUUCUCAAUUGAGGAAAUCAAUAAUUCUACCAGUCUGCUACCCAAUGUGACUCUUGGCUAUGAAAUAUUUGACCACUGCUCAGACACAAAGAAUUUUCCAGGUAUUUUCAGCCUGAUGUCUGUUGUUGGUUCGAUUCAACCAUGGAAAGAAUCUGUGAACUUCUCAAAAGUGAUUGCAGUAGUGGGCACAUAUACAAGCACAGCAACACUGACUGUUGCACCGCUGUUCAUGAAGGACCUCGUUCCACUGAUUAGUUAUGGAGCUGCAAGUUCAGUCUUCUCCAGAAAAAAGAAUUUCCCAUCUUUCUUACGAACAGUGCAUCCUAAUAAAGACGUCAUAAAAAUGAUUUUUGAAAUUUUGCAAAGAUUUAAAUGGACCUGGGUGACUUUUCUUUAUGCUGAUGAUGACUAUGGAAGAGAUGGCUAUGACCUGUUUGUAAAAAUGAUAAGGAACACUGACAUUUGUUUAGGAUACUCCAAAGGCCUUAAUACAGACACAGAUUACCCUAAAAUGUUCAAGCAGAUCAUUGAUUUUCGAGUAAAUGUUAUUAUUGUGUUCACAGCUGAGUGGACAGCUGAAGCUGUAAUUAAUUCUGCAAUCCAACAAAAUGUUACCAACAAGGUGUGGAUAGCAGCAGAUGCCUGGUCUUUACACAAAGAGCUCCCUAAAAAAACAGGAAUCAGAAAUAUUGGGACUGUUCUUGGAGUUGCCGAGCCAAAAACCACAAUACCAGGAUUCAGUGAUUUUAUUUAUUCUUUCAAAGCUCAAAAUCAGUGUGAAAAUCCAGAGCAGGAUCCAUUUUGUAACCAGAUGUGUAACUGUAGCAGCUUGAGUGCUGAAGAUAUCAUUACAGCAGAUCCCUCUUUUAAUUUUCCUGUUUACUCUGCUGUAUAUGCCGUUGCCCAUGCCUUACAUGCAGUGCUGCAGUGUGGAGCUGGCAGCUGCAACAAGAGCAUUAAAGUUUACCCACACAUGGUUUUACAUGAACUGAGGAGAUCCAGUUUUACCUUUUUAAACCAGACAGUUCAGUUUGAUGACAAUGGUGAUCCCAAGUUUGGAUCCGUUGCUAUAGUUUUCUGGAACAGCAGUGGUAAUGCAGAGGAGGUCGGCUUUUUCUCUUUUUACCCAACAUUCAAAUUCUUCAUCAAUAGCUCCAAAAUAAAGUGGCAUGGUGAUGAAAAGGUGCCUGAGUCUGUUUGUUCCCAAGCAUGUCCUGAGGGGUUUGCAAAAAUUCAAGAAGGUAUCCACACAUGCUGUUUCAGUUGUACAAUUUGUCCAAAUGGAACUUACAUCAACAGCACAGAGGAUCCUUACAACUGCAUCAACUGCAAGGAGACAGAGUGGUCUACAGAAGGAAGUACAUCAUGUACCAUACGGCUGCUGGAGUACAUCCCAUUUACAGACACUGCUGCUGUAGUGAUCAUGGUUGGGGCCUUGGUCUUAGUGGCCCUUACUGUAGUCAUGUCUGUUCUCUUUGCCCUCAACUACAACACACCGGUUGUCCGAUCUGCUGGAGGUCCAAUGUGCUUCCUGAUUUUAGGAUGCCUCAGUCUGUGCAGUCUUAGUGUGUUUUUCUAUUUUGGUGAGCCCACAGAAACUUAUUGCACCUUAAGGUUUUUACCAUUUCUGUUGUUUUAUACAGUUUGUCUGGCGUGUUUUGUUGUGCGUUCAUUUCAAAUUGUUUGUAUUUUCAAAAUAUCUGCAAAGUUCCCAAAGCUCUUAAGUUAUUGGACAAAGUAUCAUGGACACUGGCUCAUCAUCACUGUGGCGUUUUUCAUUCAGGCUCUAUUGCUCAUCACUGGCUAUUCCAUUGCCCCCCCAAAGCCAUACAGUGAUACAUUUUGGUACUCUGACAUCAUUGUCCUUGGCUGUGAUCUUGAUCUUAACCUCAAAGCAACAUCCAGCUCUUUCAUUCUACUAUCUGUUUUGUGCUGUCUUAGUUUUAUAUUUUCUUAUAUGGGAAAAAACCUUCCAAAAAACUACAAUGAAGCCAAAACAAUAACGUUCUGCCUUCUAUUGCUGAUACUCACCUGGAUCACAUUUGCCACUGUAAGCAUGCUCUAUCAUGGUAAGUACAUCCAUGCCAUGAAUGCUUUGGCUAUACUGUCCAGUCUGUACUCUUUCCUGCUGUGGUAUUUUUUCCCUAAAUGCUACAUCAUCAUUUUUCAACCCAAGAAAAACACUCAGCAGCACUUUCAAGGUCUCAUUCAGAAUUAUACCAAAACAAUUAGCCAGUAG